AUGGAUGGAGAUUUGCACACAUAUGUGCACAUCACGUCCUCAUUCCCUGUCGAGCUGCACUACAUCAAAGCGCUUUACCUGAACCAUCAAUACAAAGAGUGCGCGCGUAGAUGCGAGGACUUGCUCGGUCACAGUCAGGAUGAACCAGCACAUGUCGUCUUCCUCAACUUCUAUGCUGCACUGUCUCAUGAAGGUCUCGCAAAGAUAAUGCAUAAUUACUCCGUGUGGAGACUGCCCAAAAUCUCUGCAGCCGAGUCCGCGUACAACAAAGCACUGGAUGCAUGCUCAGAAGCAGAGCAUCGCCUCGAAGAGUGCUCGACACUAUCACUGCCAGGACUCGCCCUCGAUCAUCUUGAGUCUCAUCUUGCAGCUUCAAGCAGCAUCCAUGUGCGCAAGAGAAAUAGCAAGCCAUCCCUUGCUCAUCUCGGCCCAGGACUUGAUACAUCUCACACCAAGUCUAGCAAACAUGCCGAGCGUGUCAACUUCAGCUGGUUACGCAGUUUUACACCACUGUCCUGCGCAACAGUCAAGGCAAUCCAAUACAGUGUGUGUCAAGACAUGAUGUCUCCCCUAGAAGACCCCUUUACAGUCUCUUCCUCCGAAUCAUCAAGCGGUGGAACAUCCGCUCAGGACACACCAAUUAAGACCGACCAUCUCAGUGCAAAUAACAUCAAAGAUGCAUUUGAUUCAUCUCAUCCUCCAUCCCCUACACCUUCAUACAGAUCAGUUCAGCCUUCUGAGUCGCGUGCUCACGCAGCUUAUCUGGCACACCUCACUGCUCUGCACGACCGGAUUACUACUCAUCUUCACCAACUCCUCGAGUUGAAGCAGUCUACCAUCACCGAACAAGAAGAGCGCGUCCGUCGUCAAAGCGGAUCCAUCUCAUCCACCAGCACCACCAACACCGACACCAAGUUGCCCAAAUCACGCAGUUUCUGGAGCUUCAAAGACGCAAAGGUGGAGAAGAAGGAGAAGUUGGUUCGAAUCGACAAAGGUAGAGCUAGAAACUGGAAGACGAAGAGAUUCGAGCCAAAGAGAUACACCGAGUUGGCUAGGAACGCGCUUGCCGAGUUGGAGUAA